UUGAGUCAAACAUAUAAGUCAGUCCAGCAAAUCAGACAUUAAGUUGGCGUCAAAACCAUUAAAUGAGUUCAUAAUACUUCUAUCUUUCAGUUGUGAACACAGACUGUAGGUUGCAAGUCAACACAAGGGGCGAAAGUUCAGAUAACUCUCGUGUCUUUGUUGUGAAUGGAGGGAAAGACAACUUUCAGAGUUGAAGUUUGAAGUACUCCGCCCCCCAGUCUGUCUGUCUGCACCGGAGCUGCAGUCUGUCUCAUGGAGCUGCAGUCUGUCUCAUGGAGCUGCAGUCUGUCUCAUGGAGCUCCAGUCUGACUCCACACAGAUUGAAAUGAAUGCAGUGCAAGAACUAUCUGCGAAGUAUAUCGGAGUGGCCUUCACCUUUUCCCAUUCCAGCCUUUUCCUAUGAUGUGGAAUUGAAGUUACGCAAAGGCAAUGAGGCAUAUGAAAAGACCAAGAAAGAUCAGGGAAGAGUUUCUUCGGCUCACCAACAAGGACCUAAUAGACAACUUCAGAGCAGCCAUUAAUCAGCACACUCCAAGGCUCCUUAAACUCUAUUGGGCUAGGCGGACAGCUUUCCCGCCUGAGAUGGAUCAACUCCUUAACAGACUGGAUGAAGAGACAUCUGACAUCACAGCACAUCGACAGACUGCAGCCUUGAAGGGCCUCCCCUUGUAUCUCUAUGACAGUCAUGAGAAGCUGUUAAGGAACUGUCUGGCCACUGACCCAGAAGAGGAGCAGACGAAGGGCCUCAUCGUGGGUAUCCUCACUGUGUUGGAGGAUGAUGACAGUUCAGCUCCUGCAACAGUCAUUAAUGUUGCUGUUGUUGUAGAAGAAGACAUCGUCCUCCAGGAUCUCCCUGACCUGCCAACGGCUUUUGCUUACCUCUUUGGGCUGAUCUACGCUUUAAACCUCCAGUACCCAAAAGAACUGAGGUACACAUUCGAAACCAUUCAAAAGGUUUUCAUGGAACUUGGAACUGAUCUCUCUGCAAGAGUCCGAUCCCUCAAAAACAAACUUCUUCAGUGAAUCCACCGAGUUAGCUGAUAAUGUUGGGUCUGGGACAGUUUUGAAUUGCAGAGGUUCCUGUUGCCCCUUGUAGAAUGACUUAAAUCUCAGUUGCCUGAGAUGGAUCCUCCU